GCAGGGAAGAAUCAUGUUUCUGUGGAUAAUGACAGCGAAGAGUCUACUGUGGGAUGGAACCCUAUUCCACUGUAUGCAGGGCAGAUAAAACCCCUACACAGGCAUACCAGCCCCAGCUCCACCGAGAGCUCAGUAAAAACUGGUAAGGAACUAGUUAACGUCGAUCCCAGCAAUGAGAAAAUGGAGAAAAUCUUCACCAUGCGCGAGCUUGCAAUGCGAAGAUUGGCCAAAAGACAUAAAACUGUGUUACCUCAUACUGCCAAGCGCACUCGCUUGAAUGUUGACGUUUCCUUAAAUUUGCUAUUUAAGGAAACGUCAACGUUCGAGCGAGUGCGGCCAAUUUGCUACAGGCAAAGUAACUGGUAACUAUCCAGAACAGUUCUUCAUAUUUCCCAGCCUUUCUAGCUUUCCCACAGCAGUUAGUUUUAGACUGAAAUGCUUUUUUUUGACGCGACGUUGAUUGACUACUGUUUUACCCUUACUUGUUAUUUUCAUUCAGAAGUUUUCUCUUGACAGAAGAGAGUAUAAUAAACCUUUUAAAUACGAGAAAAGCUUACUUUAAUUUGUAACCACGACUAUAGGAUUUAAUGCACCAGACAUUAGUCUCGAUACCAAAGUUAGAUUUUAAUGCUCUGGUUGUUCAAAAGAUGGAUAACGCUCUCCAUUCAGAUAAAAUUCUAACCAAGGAAUAACGCAAUUGGUUCUCGUACUACUUAUAUUCACUAUAGCGCUAUUAGACUUGCCUACAAGUCGAGCUCGGAACCGGAACCGGAAAUGGGAAGCGAAGGACUUUGAAAAAGUCUAUAGCGCUAUCUACUUUUUGAGUAGCUGAGGCCUUUAUAGCGAACCGAUGUCAACUCAAGAGAUUACAAUAAGUCAUUUUGAUCAGCGUUGUCCAGGUAAAAAAGAAAUAUCUAAGAGGUGACGUAUUUUUCCCCUUUUAACAUAAUGUCUGCGUUUUUAUCCUUCCAGAAGUACCAAUCCAGAGGAAAGUGAAACUACCCAUGAUCUUAACACCUUUACCGAGUGCUAAUGAGGACAAGUUCUCCUCGAAGAUCAAUGAAGAAGGCGCUGAUACUAAAGACAAAAGCGACACAAACAGUGAUCAUUCACAGCAUGCGCAAGAUAUUCCUAAACCCCGGAUGACAGAGCACGACCGCCCAACACAAGGUGGCACCGACUCUAAGACGCGCCAGCACAAACCAAGCGCGCAUUAUGAUAUAACAUCCCCAGGCCUACGUUGGACUGCGUACGAACUCAGGACUGAAGUUACACAGAAAACCCGAAAACGUUACAAAAAGAAAAAAAACAAACUGUCCCAGCGUGCAGACGACGUCGAGGAGGAUAAUGAUGAGGAUGAUAAUCAACGACAGUCAAGAUCUCUUGUCAAUUAUGCAGCGAUUGGUGCUGGUGUAAUGGUGUUCCUGUUUAUAUUUGCUGCGUUGGCUCGUCUGUGGUAUGUUUCUUUGAUUUCACAAUUAGGGAGACUUCGCUCGUUUGUGAAUUUGUGUUAGUAGAACCUGGCUCUCUGUCAAUUGCCAAUGUUAUAUAAGAAUGUUUUUAAGGUAGAAACUGAUGGUUGUCAUCGACUGUCCUCAUUGCUCAUGAAUAACAUUUUUCUAAACUCACCAUGAACUUAGCUUCAGCAGUAUAAGUCACUUUUUACAUUCCGUUUACAUUAAGAUCCUGCAGCACUGAGUCGAUUCUAAAUUGACCAGCUUUGCAAACAAAAAGAAAGCACAUCACGUCGUUAGUAGUUUUGUAUAGCACGUCUUCAUUGGUGGAUUUAUUACUAGGUUUACGGUAAGGUAAACUAAGUUGUAUACCAGGGAUCGCGCGCAUGCGAAUUUUAGGAUAGGAUACCUCUUUCUAAACCUCUUUCCCAAUCCCUCUGCUAAGUGUUAUUUCCGAGUUGAGAUUGAUUCUCUCUAGUCUCACCAGUUUUUUCGAAGUCUUUCGUCUGCUCUUCGGUCCCUCACCAUCGUUCACAAUAGCAUAAUUUUUUUUUAUCUUUAACUUUAUUUAAUUGCAGGGGAAUCUGUAAGAAAAGAUGCUCAGGGAGUACCUAUCCUGACCCUGGUUGUAAUUUCAAUUCACUGCCUAACAUCAGCGAGCAGCUUAGCGAGGAAGAGAUAAUCUUUGAGAGGACCAAUCUGAACUGCGGGACGCGGACAUCAAGGGACUCUGCUACUCACAAACCUGAACCAAAUCCACCAUCUUACCAACUGGCAGCAACACACUUUGAUGCCCAGUCUCCAUGGACCCUAAGAGACACUCCCGCAUCCACACCUUUGAUGGCAGUUUCUGCUGAAUGUUCUGACUGUUCACCUGGAGAAAACAUUUGCGUUGCGGUUGAUAUUCCUGAGCCGAAUCUACUGUCUAAAAAACCUACUGCUUGUACCAUUGUUGACCUCUCUGAAUCCAGUCCAGUCUCUGUUGUUAUUGAUGCUCCUGAAUCCGAUUCCUGCGUGGUUGUUGAUAUACCCGACUUGAGCUCUCCCGACACCUCUUUCAGCUGCUCGUCCUUAAAAGACACUCUCAAAUCCACACUUUUGAUGGCAGUUUCUGCUGAAUGUUCUGACUCUUCACCUAAAGAAAACAUUUGCGUGGCGGUCGAUAUUCCUGAGCCAAAUCUACUGUAUAAAGAAUCUACUGCUAGUACCAUUGUUGACCUCUCUGAAUCCAGUCCAGUCUCUGUUGUUAUUGAUGCUCCUGAAUCCGAUUCCUGCGCGGUUGUUGAUGUACCCGACUUGAGCUCUCCCGACACCUCUUUCAGCUGCUCGUCCUUAAAAGAAACUCCCAAAUCCACACCUUUGAUGGCAGUUUCUGCUGACUGUUCUGACUCUUCACCUAGAGAAAACAUUUGCGUGGCGGACGAUAUUCCUGAGCCGAAUCUACUGUCUAAAGAACCUCCUGCCUGUACCAUUGUUGACCUAUCUGAAUCCAGUCCAGACUCUGUUGUUAUUGAUGCUCCUGAAGCCGAUUCCGUCGCGGUUGUUGAUGUACCCGACUUGAGCUCUCCCAACACCUCUUUCACGUGCUCUUCCUUAAAAGACACUCCCAAAUCCACACCUUUGAUGGCAGUUUCUGGAUGUUCUAUGGAAAAAAGUUGCGUGACGGUCGAUAUUCCUGUGCCAAAUCCAGUUUCUGAAGAACCUGCUUCUUGCAUUGUUGACCUCUCUGAAACCAGUCCAGUUUGUGUUGUUGUUGAUGCUCCUAAAGUCGAUUCAUGCGUGGCUGUUAUCCCUGAGAUGAACUCUCCGGACACCUCUUUCACCUGCUCAAGCUUAUUUGAUGAUGCCUUUUCUUGGUUUUCUUCAUCAUCUUUGACGUCCGUGUCAUCACUCGAUAUCACUUCAGCAGAACCGGAAGCCUCAUCUCUUACACUAGAACCUGAAACCUACUGCUCCUCACCGACACUAAAUUCUACAGAAGCACUGGAGCCAAAAUUGGAAAUCACCUACCACCACGCAGCCUUAGCAACCGUUGAACAAGAAGUGGUUAUACAUGCUCGACCAUCUGAGCCUUCGAUUCCAGUGACCAUCGAACCAGAGUCCUCUUUACCCACUGCGGAAAAUCAGCCACUGCUAGAAACAUCUCUCACUACAGAUCCGGCCACGCCCAAGCAAUCCUCAAGCUUCGAUUUAUCUGCUACUGUCUCUGGCGAAUCAACACACACAGUUUCCUUGGCAACAGAAAUUGUUAGCUCAUCGCAAGAGUCUUGUAAAACUCCUGUGGCAGCAACAGAUGAUGUAAUGUUGACUAUUGAAGACGAGGAAGGUGAAGUUUUUCUUCACGCAAGCAAUAAAUCAGGAGCUGAAACUAUAAUAAUGACCCUGAAUAGUGAGAAUGCAGAACGCGCUACACGGUUCGUGGAAAGUCCGGCAAGUGACACAUCUGGCGAGACUACAAAACCUAGUACAGUUGAAGCUUCCGGUGUGACUGCUAAUGCUAAGGAUAGUUGUGCGGAGAACGGCAAUAGCGACAGGUAACCCUUUCGUAUACCUUCUAUCGAUACAUAGUACCUGUUUCCACAUACUUUGCAUCCUUUUUGACCGCAGGAAAUCCACCAUGUUUUAAAUAUGAAUAAAUAAAAAAACAGUACCCUUUCUCGACUUUUUCACAGCCAUAAAAUGCAUCUGUUAUACCCUUUUUUUACCACGCUACCCUUUCGUAUAAUUCAACGAGUGAAACCCCUAGCUUUUCAUUUACCUGAACCCUGAAAAACAAACCCAUUUCGGACGGAACCUCCCUCUAUAGUCUAUUAUAGGAAGUACCUAGCUCCCCUGUGGCUUACGAACUGCAUGAUUUCUGGGUUGAGAGGGUGCUUUGAAAGGAACCAGGUUUUUGGUAGCUAAAAACCUCGGGUGGUUUCUCUUGGAUUUUGAGACAUGGAGAGAAUUUGGCACCUAAUCGCUUUCUUGAUUUUUUGCUUUACAGAAAAUUGUUGCCCAUCAAAUCUAAAUCCCUGAUUAAAGACGACAGAUCUGAGAAGAAGUCCUGCUCUUCAACAAAAAACUCAUUUCCGAUUUCUGAUGCUUGUCGAUCGACGAGCUUUACUGAGAAGGAUCUUGAUACUUCUUCCUCUUUGUUUCCUGGUUUAACGGGCGAGAAGCAGGUAAGAAAUUCUAUAUAUUUUCAAAUUAAAUGAUUAUGUUUAAAUAAUCCGUGGGAAUGGGUGCAGUUUUGAAACUCUUUUCUAAAACACUUUACACGGUAGAUACCGUAUACGAGUUUGUCAUGCGACCCCAUGUCGUCUCGCCUACGGGAUGUAGAUUAAUAAUGAUACUAAUAAUAAUAAUAAAAAGUGAAAAAAUUUUAUUGACAACAAUGCUAACUAUUAAAAUCCUAUUUACAAUUAAUUCGCUCGAAAAAAAGAAAAAACUAUUCAUUCAAAACACUAUUUACAAUUCCUGUCGAUUUAAAAAGCACUUAAUUUAGCUUAGAAAGAGUUAGUUUAACUAAGGAAAAUUUAUUCGAAUUAAAAACAUUUCAUUUCAAUAAAAAAAAAACUGUCAGCCUCUAAAAUUCAAAAGUUUCUUUCAACUGUUUAAAAAAAUAAAAAUAAAAUAGAAUAAAGACAAUUAAUAAAACAUCUAUAGCCGUUGAGUCACUAGGGAAGUCCUACUUGAUAAUAAUAAUAAUUAUAAAAAUAAUAAAAUAUUUGGAGCAUUAUACAGAAGUCUCAAUCAUCUUACACGGUAACCCUUAGAAAAGUAAAGAAAAUACAUACAUCCACAUGAGAAUCUUUCACACUUCAAAAGAGUUUUCUCAACAACAGGUCAAAUUAAUAUUUAUAUAUUUUAUUUAGAUUUUAAUACUCGAGAAAUAUAGUACGAUUCAUUAUUUUCUCUCUUAAAAUGUUUUUGUUUCCUACACUAAGAAACAUGACAUUGUUUAUUUUUAAAUAUUUUUUUGUUUUUCAAUUGUAUAUGACGUGAUCUUUCAAUAAGCUAAAUUGUACUCCUUCCAAUUCAUAAACAGACAUCCGACUUGGCAAUCGAGCUAGAGAGCGAACAUGGCGCGACUGAGGUGAUCGUAAAAGGAGAACUUCUUAAUGUGAUCGCUGAAGACUUCGAGCAAGCUGGGUAAGACUUCUCUUUAACAGAAUACCAAGAGGAAGAGAUCGAUUUCUUGAUCUCCCACAAUAUUAAGUAAAAUUGAGUGCUAAGUUUUAGCCUCUUUUUCUUUGGCUUUGCCCAAAACGUAUCUAGACAAGCUGGAAUUGAAAGUGGUUGUAAGCGUUUUCUGUUGUCUUCUAUAUUCCAGCAACGCAACGCAAGGUGUUAAUGGCAACCUGUUUUCUUAAGAUUUUGGUAUUCAACUAGCGCUGCGUUGCCGGCUUUGACGUUUUAAACAGAAGAUUCCAGCAGACUGAAGCUUGGGUAUUAACACUACUGUAAUUGCACACCUAAAAUGGGAAUCUUGCAUUUUGUAUUAGAUCUUUAAAAAGUAUUGCAUGACGUGGAUGUUCAAACUUGUGGUUCUUUGAGAAGGAAAUAAAUAAAACGUUUAUGUCUGUCGCAGCCCAUUCAUGAUAUGUGUUCUUUUGAAUUGGGCCCAGUUCUCUAAAAAUAGAGGAACACAAAUACGACAAAUACGCGCUUGAACUUGCGAGCCUCCAGCUAGAAAGGUUGCACGUAUGUAAACCGAAGGAAAACCAGAAAGUGUGUUGGUUACCUUUGCAUGUCGUUCUAUUUUAUAUUUCAGCAUUACCAAACAAACCGAACAUCAUUCUGUUUUAAACGCUAAUGCUGACGUAUUCAUUCCACGCUUUCAAGCAACUGGCGGCCCAUUUGAAUCUGCAGAGCGAUUUGGUAAACUGGAGCGCGGGUAUGUUUUAUACUUACGCACUUAGGAUUUUUAUCAUUUAUGUGAACUAAAUAAGGUAUUGGUUUACAAGUAUGUGAGCAUGUAAACCAAACCAAAAGGAUCGUCCUCCCACCAUGUGAACAGUUCUAAGAUUCGAGCCAUCUUGUAGGUCACUAACUGAAAACCGCGAAACCGUGUAUAACUCAAUUCUAAAAGAAAUCCCUAUAAAUAAAUUUCCAAACUAUCAUAAAACCGGUUCAACUGCAACAAACCGGAUCAGUCCCACGAGACAAGUCUGCUUAGUCUCUUGGCUGCUUUCCAACCUCACAGAAGUCCCACAGUGCUCUAUUUAAGACCCACUUCUCUUUUCACCAGUGCUUGUGAUCAUUUACGUUAGGACGAACCAAUUUAAAAAAUAGAAGAUCCCCUUAAUUUGGCAUUUAAACGGAAAUUUUAUUGUGAUUCUGGCCUAUUGCCUGCUUUUAUUUGCUUUUAGUUGCAAAACAAACUAAAACGUGUUACUAAUUGUUGCCUUUCGUCUUUCCCCUUUUCAGCAUUACCGGACAGAGUGUCUUAAAUGCAGAGGCCAACGAGUUUAUACCAUGCUUUGAAGCCGAUCGCAGAAUUAAAACAGAGAAUUUUUGCAAACUGGAGCUUGGGUAUUAAUGUCUAUAAAAAAUUUAACACAGAGCAUUAAUCAUUCCGGGGGUGGGGUACUUCCCUAUAACAGGCUAAUGGGGAUGUGCCUCUAGAUGGGGUCGCAUUUUCACGACUGGCUGGAUUGACUAUAAUGGGUCCCAUUUUUUUUCAAUAGAGUUACUAGAAUGACGUCGCGCAUUUUGUGAUUUUUGGGGUAAGGCAGUUAUUUAUAUUUAAGGUUGGCAAACGUACCAGAAUGUUCGUACUCUAGAUGAGGUAAAUUGUUUGGUCAAUCAUUCCACGUAAGGUAGAUACAAAAAUAGAAAGUGACAAAGAUGGGAUCUGUAAUUGGCCACAGAAUAAACUUUAAUGGGGUAGAGGCUCUGAGAGCACAGGGGCACAUAAUCAGCAAAAAUUAACCUACGUAACCCCCCCUUCCGUGAAACAUUCAUGAGACCUAGUUGAGUUUGGGAGUCCUUUGAGAAAGGAAUUUUGUUAAAACACGCGCGCCGUCAUAACAUCAUAAAAUGUUGACUUCGCUCACUUGUAUAGAACGUGUUGGUUGCCGUCAGGAUUGACGGAAAAGGAGACUAACAUCAUGUAUUAAACGCUGAAGUGGAUGAAUUUAUUCCAUUGAUAAUCUAAAACAACUGCCGGAUCAGCUGAAACAAAAGAUUUUGUUAACUGAACUGGAGAUUGGCUGUACAUCUUUUGAAGAUAAAAUUCAUUUCUAUUGUGCAGUUAUAUAUCUAUAACAUCGUGGAACUGGAUUUUUGGUAUGAAAAUGUUGGUACCACAAAUGUAGACUUCUUAUACCCACCCUUCACAUUCUUUUAAAGGAUUCCGGUCCAUGACCCUAAAAACCAUGCCCUGCUCAGGGGCACAUUACCGCAAGGGCCAAAUAAGGGAGUGCCCCCAUCCGGGAAACAUCUACAUAUCAAAGAAUUCUCCAUGCAAUAUAUAAUUUACUGCGCGCUCGAAAAAAACAUGAGCUGGGAAAUCAAAAUGAAACACUAAAACCAAGAAUAUUUUCUUUUUAACCCAAGACAAAAUAUCAAAGUAAAAGACUGAAAAGAAAACAAGAAGACAAGAAUCAAAAAAAGUGAAUUUUACAAGUUAUUUUCCUCGAACACAGUAGACAUCAAGUUGGCAAGAUAUUUUAUUUUUAGUUUAUUUUUUUCUUGACUUCAGAAGCGAUUCUUUCAGCCAUGUUUCAGACAAAAGGGCUGUUAAGUGUUGUAUAAAAGCAACGGACUACUCAGAUGAUAUUUAUCUAUUGAUUCACUGAUGAUUGUUUUAGUUUUUUGGGGGGUUUUGUAAUUUGUUUGCCUAAUUUUUGUUAUUAAGGUUGUUCCCAGCGGUCUUGCCCGUCAGGGGGGUGUUCCAGCGUAUUCCGGGGUGUUCCUGGUUUUACAGAAACCCAAGUUUCAGGUUGAUGUAGUUGACAAUCGCCAACUCAACUAAUCUUUUUUCCCCACAGAAUUACCCGGGGAAGGAAUUCGUUAAAUGUAAACGCUAAAGAAUUCGUUCCUGUCGAUUUUCAGGUGAGGAAAUUUUCACUAAUAAUACGACCUUAUCGAAACAACAUUGGUGGAAACUUUCUCAUUUAAUUAAUAUUGCUCCUCAGAAAUUCCCAUGAGCAAGUAUCGGAUCUCCGCCCGCAUGCAAGGCACAUUAUCUCUCUCGCUAUAUUGCAAACAAGAAGAAACAAUUAAAUUUCAAUCACUGUAAAUCCUGAAAUAGUUACUUUCAAAGUAUACUAAUUGCUACUGAAAGACAUUAUAGCUACGAAAAUAUAGGUAUUUUUCCAUACUUCGUAAGAAACGAUUAAAGCAACAUGUUUCGGUUUCUUAAGUUGUAGACGUUGCAAAAAAUCGAGUUUUUCUUAUUCUUACAAUUCUAAUACAAUUAUUAAUAAAAACAUAGUGAACAUUUAAAAAAAGUGAACAUUGUUUAUGAUAAGAUGAUGACAAAAAGAUUUAUUAUUUCGUAUUGGCAUUUUUUAUUGAAAUAUUUUCGAAUAAACGUUAGCAUCGACUUACUUUCAUUUCAAUCAUCUUUGAUUACAGAACAGUGCAAGUGUCUCCUUGUUUGCCCAGCCUGAGCACGAUGUGGUCCCGAUUGCUUCUCCAGCCCAGCCACGCCCUGUUAAAAAGAGACGUCGAGCCAGACGCCGGAAAAAUCACUCCCAGGAUCUUCAGCAGCCAAAAGGUAUUUUAGUCAUGCAAAUAGGAAGUCCCUCACGAAUCGAACCCUUGUGA